AUGCAAAACACGGCCAAUCUUCACAGGCCUCCUUUCCACUGUGAAACGCCUCGCAUAGUUGUCGCUGUAGGCAGAAAACGCCGUCACAAGCAUGAGGCAUGGGCUGCAGUGUCCACGGCUGAGGUUUGCUUUUUGGGGUUUUCCCUUGGCCGUUCACUGAGCGAGGUGGCGAAGAGCACAUGUUUGAAAAUCCCAGCCGCUACCUUCCCGAUCAAGCCACUUUUCCGGAAAAAUACACUAAAGUACUUGGAUCUCCUCCUGUCAACUGUUCUGGGCAUCCCGGGUGGCCUGAAUGAACUAAAAGCUCGAAGCGGGCGGCCACAGGAAGUGACGAGGACGACUGAGGAUGAGCCAUGCCUGUGUUCGCGGUGGGAGUGCGCAGGCUGGGCCUGCAUGAGGAAGACGUCAGAGACCUGGGGGCCCCAGAGCUGGCAGGCCCUGGCUUGCUCAGCCUUCUCUUGGAGUUCUGCCUUAAUUUCUUCAGUCACUCCAAGUUCGAUCUGUUCAUUACUCAACAAAUGUUUAUUAAGUGACUACUACAUGCCAGGCACAACUUCAGGACCCUGGGGUAGGAAGAAUCGGCAACAACAAAAAGUGUUCUUGUCAUCGUCAAGCUUGAUUUCCCGUGGGAGACAGCCUGAUAGAGGAAGAGGAAGAAAAGGAAGAGAGGAGUACUGCGAGCCUGACGCAUCUGAUCUUUCCGUGCUCCUGUUUGUAUUAAGCUGCUACACAUGGGCAUCCGAGCCUCGCCUCACCUCGUCAAACGCCGCCCUCCCUCCUCCUCCCCAGCUCUCCAAGCCCGCGCUCCGCCAGGCCUGCUCCUCCCCGCCCCGUCUGCACUGCUUUCGCUGCCUUUCCGUGUCUGCAGACACCGCUUCCACGCUCCUCGGUCCUUUCCCACAGACCCAGCUGGUGACUGAGUCCAUCACUGAACUGCUGCUGUGA